AUGGAAAAAUGUACUUCGUGUACAUGCAAAUAUUCUCCUGAAGCUUUUGUGCUUAAUGGAAAAGUGAAUAAGACUUGCGCAACUUGUUUGACUAAUAAAGCUAAGACAAGGGCUGAUAAAAAGACUAUACCUGAUCAUAAUCAAAUUAUUGAAACAAUUCUGUUAAAUAAUUUAAAUGAAUAUGUUAUAGAGUUAAUGGACAGUCUUGAGAAUAACAUGGGGUUAUCUUUUACAAUACACGUUGAUGUCAAUAUGUUUGAUCAAAAUUGCAGUAUCAAGUCAAUUGCCAAUAUGAUCAUUAACAAUAUUGAAGAAGGUGACAGUUAUUCCUGGGUAGUUAAGACAGCACCUCGUAUGUCAGCUUGUCAUGAAAAUGUUAGUACUUUCUACUUCAGCUGUUCUCAAUCAAAUAAACUAGCAUGUGAUUACAAAGAAUCAAAUCGUCCAAGAAUGGAACAUUUUAAUUGUAAUGGAGCAUUAAUCAUACAUGUUGAUAUGCCUGCAGCUAAGGUAACAGUAAAACUUAAACACGAAAUCCUUUAUGAAAGAUCAAUUGAUGUCGCAACACCUGAAGAAAUCAAACAAGCAAUUCAAGAAAAUAUUCACAUGGAUCCUUCAUUCUUUACUCAAAAUUUUUAUAAAUCUGAUGAUGAUCAUGUUAAUUCAGCAUAUUCUUUUCUCAAAUCAAACCAAGCUGCAGGUUGUGAACUUUGCUAUGAGUUAAUGACUAGUCAAACAAUUGCAAUUGGGUUUAUUACACCCUUAUAUGGUAAAAUUAAGCAAAUGUCUGAAAUUCAUUGUGACGCCACCUACAAAACUGCGAAAGGAAGAUUCGAAUUGUAUGGGCUUAUUUGCAAUGUUAAGGGCGCGGGGUAUCCGUUGGCUUAUUUAAUUUUAGAUACUACUAAAAUUUCUGAUGAGGAACCGCAAAAUGAAAGACGAACACAUGCUCUAAGUGGUUUUUUUGAAUCUAUUCGCAAUAGAGGUUUAUAUCCAGACUACUUUUAUACAGACAAGGACUUUUCGGAAAUUAAUGCGCAAAGCAAAUUUGGCCUAAUGCUGAUAUACAGCUUUGCCAGUGGCAUGUGGAGAGAGCAAUUAGUUAAAAGCUCAAGUGUCGCAAAAAGGUUCAACAUAUUCAGGGUUCUUGACUUUAUUAAAAUGCAUUUUAACCAACAUUCUAAGGUUCCGGUUAAUGCCAAUGGACAGUUUUUAACCCCUAUUGAAAUUCGCAAAAAUGCAGUGCGUGAAAUGUAUGAAUUUUGUUUUACCAAUGAAAAAUUGUAUAAUCCUGAAGGUAUUCAAUUAGUGUAUUCUAAUUUUGAACGAAACACAGAUUAUCCAUUUCUAACUUUAAAGAGUAGCAGUAACAAUCCACAAAAUCAGCAUUUUAAUAAACAACCUCUUAAUGAACGAUCUCUUAAUGUACAGCAUUUUAAUGAACAAUCUCUUUAUACGCAACCUCUUAAUGUUGAUAAUAAGCUAUCAAUUCAGGCUAACAUUAAGAAUUAUUUGAUUGCUACUAAUGAAAAUAAUGAAAAUUUUAACCCUGAACUUUACCAACAAUGCAAGUCAAAAAUAGUUGCAUUAGAACGUCUUGUGAAACAUUUAAAUGAUGAAUUAUCAGAAAACAAUCUGCAGCAUAUUGAAAAUGUUGUUAACAAUAUGAAGCAUACGUUUACCAUUAUUGAUGAUAUAGAAUCAUCUCAACACAAAAGGCGAUGUAGUAAUACUUGGAGCAAAUCAAAACCUUGGGCACUAUUUCUACAGUAA